UGCUUCUCACUGCUUGAUCCAUGAGGGAUGCAUGGUGGAGCUGCAAGUCCUGGUUCAGCAGCAGCACAGAGAUGAAUACCAGUUGUUUUACCGAUGCCUUAAUAGUAAGUUGAAUGGGAAGAAAUGGUGUGGAAGUGUCCCAUGGCAGGACCCAAAAGCUACCAAAGCGCCAAAAGCCUUAGGAUCCCAGCCCAACACAGCACCUCUCUUCAAUCCCAGCGGCCAAAGAAAUCCAUUCAAAGUGAUAGACAAGAAUCGUGAACCAUCAUCCUGGAAACAAAUUAAGCAAGGAAAUGGAGAGGAAAGUAAAGCAAAAGGAGUAAAAGCAGAGAAAGAGAGCGUGCUGGUGUCACAUAAAGAGAAGAAAUCAACCUCAGAUUCCUCCAUAGAGAAGGAACCUCUAGAAGGGCUGAAAACUAAAAAGAAGCAGUCCACGGGAAGUAGGAGUGAUCCAGAACUUAAGGAGAGCACAGUGUCUGAAUCUAAACUUGGUCUUUUGGACACUUGGAAAGAGAAAAAUAUCCUUUGGGCUGAAGAGAAAUACGGUGGCAGUGAUGGGGAAUCCAAGAAGUCUUCCAAGUGUGUGGAGGAAGAGCGAGGCGGGAGACCAAAGCUCUUUCCACUAAGUCUUGGAAAGCAAAGUACAAGUACCAAGCCUCCAGAGGAGGAGCAGCUCAGAGAGAAAAGCUUAAAAAGCUGUGGGGAUAAAGAAACCAAAGAGAAAGAAUACAUUGGUCAGAAGAAUGGAGAAAUGAAAGUGAUGUCUAAAGAAGAUGCAAUUUCCCCAGCAUUACCACAACUGGCACUGCAGCAUGCUGCUGAAGUCUCUAGCAGUGACAGUGAUGAAAAAGGAUUUGUUUAUUCCUCAUUAGGUAAAAGUAAACCUGAGAAAUCAGUGGAGGGUUUGCAGUCAAGAGAGGUUCCUUCAGGAAAAUCAGGAAAGAGUAUGCAGGGCACAUCUUUGCCAGGAGCUGCACCAUUGCAUCAUGUGGAAGGAACCCAGGAUCCUAAAGCUCUUCACAACCAUCUUGUAGUCCAGCUGAAGCAGAAAAAGAGUACAUUGGCUACAGUGAACAUUCAGCUGCUGCCAGAUAAAGGGGAACGGUUAUUAAAGCAAGUGCAGGAUUUGGAAGCUGCACUGGGUGCUCUUAACAUUUCGACAGCAGAUACUACUGAAAAAGGGGAGGAUAGCGCAACAAGCAGCAGCUGCUGUGAGGAAUUUUUGCCUAACCCAUUUGGCAGGCCAGGUGGUACAAAGUUGAUAACACCACUACCACUCCAGGAUCCUACAGCAAGAACCUCUUCAGGCUCACACAGUCACCCCUCUGCUGCUGCUACUUUGGGUUCCAGUGAAUAUUAUGGCCACAGUUUUGGAAUGAACUCUGGUGUGCAGAAUCUAUAUGGAGGAAGAAUGACAGAAGACCGAAUCAGGGCUGUACACAGUGCCACAAGCGAGGCUAUUAAUCAUCUUCACAAAUCUCUAGAAUCCUGUCCGACAGAGCAGACAGCAGCUGAAGAUCCCUCUGGAUUGAAGGUUCCGCUGUUGCAGCACCAAAAACAGGCGCUCACAUGGCUACUCUGGAGGGAGAGUCAGAGGCCGUGUGGAGGAAUUCUAGCGGAUGACAUGGGCUUGGGGAAGACUCUAACGAUGAUUGCUCUCAUUCUGGCCCAGAAGCAGCUGAAGACAGAGAAAAGAAAGGAGAAGUUAGAAAUGUGGCUAUCCAAAAACGAUUCCACUGUUAUCCCUUCCCACAGCACUUUAAUCAUUUGUCCUGCAUCCCUGAUCCAUCACUGGAAGAAAGAGAUUGACAGACGUGUGGGCUGUGGCAAACUGAGGGUCUAUUUGUACCAUGGGCCAAACCGAGAUAAACAUGCAGAGGUGCUCUCUGAAUAUGAUGUUGUUGUCACAACCUACAGCCUUCUCUCCAAGGAGGUUCCCACAAGCAAAGAGGAAGGGGAAGUGCCUGCUCAGGACCAUGAUGUGGGGAGUGGAUCAUCUCCCUGUUCCCCUCUGCUCAGGGUAGCUUGGGCUCGAGUUAUAUUGGAUGAAGCUCACAAUAUUAAAAACCCAAAGGUUCAAACCUCUAUAGCUGUGUGCAAAGUGAGAGCCAGUGCCAGAUGGGCUGUCACCGGCACGCCAAUACAGAACAACUUACUGGACAUGUACUCUCUCCUGAGGUUUCUACGUUGCUCUCCUUUUGAUGAAUACAAAGUGUGGAAGUACCAAGUAGAUAACAACACAAAGAAGGGAGGAGAGAGGCUAAGCCUCUUAACCAGGAGCCUCUUAUUACGGAGAACUAAGGACCAGCUGGAUUCAGCUGGCAAGCCCUUGGUAUCUCUGCCCCAGCGUAGCACACAGUUGCAUCAGUUAAAACUUUCAGCGGAGGAGCAGUCUGUGUACAAUGUGCUCUUUGCAAGAUCCAGGUCAACACUACAAUCCUACCUAAAGAGACAAGAGCAGAAAAAUGAAGGCAGAGAGUAUGCUGGUGGUAACCCGUUUGAGAAAGUUGCACAAGAGUUUGGGAUCAGUCAAAAGGAAUUUCUAGCAGGCCCCCAAAGUGCCUCCCAGGUCUCAAGUACUGUCCACGUCUUGUCUAUGCUGUUGAGGCUCCGUCAGUGCUGCUGCCAUCUCUCCUUACUGAAAGUGGCUCUGGACCAAGUUAACUUGAACAGUGAAGGUCUUUCCCUCUCCAUUGAGGAACAACUUAGUGCUUUGACCCUGUCUGAGUUCCAGACUCCUGAUUCCAAGUCAGCAGUCUACCUCAAUGGCACAGCUUUUAAAACAGAUAUCUUUGAAAUCACCAGGGAGAGCACCAAGAUAGCUCAUCUCUUGGCUGAACUGAAAACUAUUCAGAGUCACUCGGAGUCUCAGAAGAGUGUUGUUGUUUCUCAGUGGACGAGUAUGUUGAAAGUUGUGGCUGUGCACCUCCAGCGAUUAGGGCUGAAGUAUGCGACAGUGGAUGGCUCUGUCAAUCCUAAGCAGAGAAUGGAUGUGGUAGAAGAGUUCAAUAACAAUCCCAAAGGGCCUCAGGUAAUGUUGGUCUCGUUGCUGGCUGGCGGUGUUGGCCUGAACUUGACUGGAGGAAACCACCUCUUUCUCCUCGACAUGCACUGGAAUCCUGCUCUUGAGGACCAGGCCUGUGACCGCAUUUACCGAGUGGGGCAGCGGAAGGAUGUUGUGAUACACAGGUUUGUCUGUGAAGGAACAGUAGAAGAAAAGAUCCUACAACUCCAGAGGAAUAAGAAAGUUCUUGCCCAGCAGGUGCUGUCAGGCAAAGGGGAGGCCUUCACUAAGCUCACUCUGGCUGACCUCAAAAUUCUCUUUGGCAUCUAAUUAUCCUUUACAAUACACAAUGGAAAGUGAUUUUAUACAUACAGGUAACUGUGCAGACUUCAACAAAGGACUGCUGUUUUAAGGUGGUCAUUUAUUUUGAACAAAUAACUACAUUUUUUUGACUUUCAGGAAGAGAAGUUAUCAACUUCAGCAAUUUUUUUAAUACUGAAACUAGACCAUGUAUCCAAAGGUUAAUAAAAUU